CGCGGUGCGCGUAUGGAUGGCCAUGGAUCGAUUAGAGGAGGAGUCCAGUAGUAGGAAGAGGAACAACUUUUCCUUUUCUAUCUUUUCCUCCCCCCUCUCUCCCUCUUUGUUCCUCUCGCCAGGAUUAGGAUCGGAGUCGCUCCGUCCGCCCGCAUUGUCCGAUCGAGCCAAGCAAAGGAGGUGGAGGACGAGAUCGAGCGAGGAUGCAGCAGCAGAUGGCGGCGACGGUGGAAGAGCAGAUGAUGGUGAAGGCCAUCAGGGACGAGUGCCCUUGGGAGACCCUCCCCAAGCGCAUCCAGGCCGCCGUCGUCUCCAAGGACGAGUGGCACCGCAGGAUUGUAGAUUAUUGUAUACGAAAACGACUGCCAUGGAAUAACUGCUUUGCCCGUAAAGUAUGCAAAGAGGGGGAAUAUUACGAGGAUUUGUUGCGCUAUCUCCGCAGAAAUCUAGCAGUAUGUUGUUUAGAUUUUUCUCAUUUCCGUAAUUACUUACAAUAAGAUACUGGUUUGUAGAAAUUUUGUUAGAACCAGUUUUCAGUGGUUUAUUAUCAUCUUCCACACUUUUGCAUUGUCAUACCUGCAAGUGAAACACUAUGCUUUGGCUGACUGAAAAUCAAAUCUAAAUUCUUUGGCCUAAUCCUUUUUAAACUUCUCUUGGGUUGCUUUCUCGAUCAAUAGCUCUUGCAGUUGCAUCAUGGUUUUAUUUUAUUUUCCUUGGUUUGUUCAACUAAUUCUAGAUUUCUGGCAUUCUCUAGACUGUAAUUUUUUUUAAAGCUUUCAUGACUGCUACUUUGACAAAAAUAAUUGCAGUUAUACCCAUACCAUCUCGCAGACUACAUCUGUCGAGUAAUGAGGAUAUCAGCAUUCAAAUAUUACUGUGACGUCCUUUUUGAAGCUAUGAAGAAUGGUAACAACUUGUAUCAAUAAAAGGCAAAGCAUUUCCUGUCAUCAGAUUCUUCGAGUUGUUUUGCUUGCCAGUUGACAUGCAUUCAUGUCCAGCAGCCUUUAUGUGUUCAUUUAAAUAUUUCUACCAGGAACAGAAAGUUCCAUACCUACUGUACAACACAGAACUGUCAUUUCUUCACAAAUCUAUAUGAAUCAUUUAUCCAGUUAGCACUGCAUAGUUUUGGUUUAUCGCAUCGCAUAUGACCCGUACUAAUUAUUAUCUGUCCAGCUUGGGCAAUAUGAAGCCCGAGGGCUGUAUUAUAUGUUUCUACUAGACUGUCUAAUGUGAUCAUUCCUAAGUAUAUUAAAACUUCUAUCAAAUAAAAGAGUUUGCUCGUUCAGUGGUUCAAAUAUUUUAUUUAAUUACUAAGAUUUAUGCAUCCCUUCGGGCUGUUCGCAUACGUACUUGGACUAAUAUUGCGAAAUAUAGGGUAUGUUUGCUUAAUUCUAUAACUGAGACUAUAAUUUGGUUGAUUCUGGGAUAUUAUAUGAAAUAUUUUUCAACCGGUGUAUUGCAUAUCUUUGAUGUGUGUUUACUGUAUACCCCAGUUUUAUUAUCCUUGCUACUAACAUAGAUUAUUCUAUAACUCAUAUGUAAAUAUUGUUCCCCAGUUGCAGAAACUGGUCUAUUUAAUAUGCUAAUUGUUCUCUUUAUAAUUCUAACUUGUUGAAAAUACUUGCAGAGCAACCAUAUGACAGUAUUCCGAACUUCAGUGCUGCUGAUGCCCUGAGGAUUACCGGUGUUGGAAGAAACGAAUUUAUUGAUAUCAUGAAUAAAUGCAAAUCGAAGAAGAUAAUGUGGAAGCUGAGCAAAUCAAUUGCGAAAGAGUUGCUGCCUGCACAACCCGCAGAUUUAGCAAUAGAACCUUGGUGGGGAGUCCGUUUCGUCAACUUUACAUUGGAAGAGUUUAAGAAGCUUUCUGAGGAAGAGACAAUAGCAAUAGACAAAAUAUGUAAGGAGGAAGUCAAUUCAUAUGUUCUGUUUGAUCCAGAAGUUAUAAAUUGUCUUUACAGAAGAGGAGGGGUAUACUUCGAUGUGCCAGUUUAUCCAGAGGACCGUUUCAGAGGCUGACCUUUAUCAACUCCAGGCAGCUGCAUCAUUUGCCUGUAGACUGGGAUGGGCCGUAAAGCUUUUGGAUACAGAUUCCGCUCUUAGAGAUUCAAGUGCUACUGCAUUGCCCAGUAACGUUCUUGGUGACGACGAAGAAGGUUCGCGCAUGAGCAUCAACUCAGAAAGAUCCUGUCCAGAAUUGCUCAGCAGUGAUUGUGAUGGACCCAGGAAAAUCUCUGGAACUGCUUAUGUGGGCUUCAUUGUGGAUGCUAAUGUAACUUCAUACUUGAUGAUGGGCUCUCUAUCUCCAGGAUUGAAGUCUCACGCUGUUACGCUAUAUGAGGCAGGAAAACUGGGCUAUUCUUGCAUUGCUGAUCUAUGCAAUGAUCUAGCCAGUUUAGAAGGAAAGAAGUUUGAGGGUGUACUCCAGGAAUUCGCAAACCAUGCGUUUAGCCUGCGAUGCUUCCUUGAGUGUUUGCUGUCCGGUGGAACUUCACCAAAUGAAUCUAGUGACGGAAACUGUCAGGAUGAUCUGUCCUCCCCUUUAAGCAAGAAAAGCAUUGAGGAGGGCGCUGAUAAUGUUGUCGGGAAUAACGGAAGCCAACAUGGUGACACACCACAACAGGAAUACCCAACGGUUGAUUCACAGGCGUCGUCACCUUCAAGUAUUAUAUCAAGAGGGAUGGAAAGCGUAGCCGAAAAUGAUUUUGACAGCAGGCAAAUGGUUACUCAAAAUGACAAUAGCCAGGCUACAGAACUGGAUGGCCCAGCUGUGCGGAAGACUAAAAGAAAUUACCGAGUCAACAUUCUCCGUUGCGAGAGCUUAGCUUCACUGGCGCCAUCGACGCUGGAAAGAUUACUUCUUAGGGACUAUGACAUUGUGGUCUCUAUGAUACCUUUUCCACAUUCAUCAGUUCUACCCAGCACUGCAGGACCAGUACAUUUCGGUCCGCCUUCUUACUCCUCAAUGACACCUUGGAUGAAGCUUGCCUUGUAUACUUCUGGUAGUUGUGGCCCGCUCUCUGCUGUUUUCAUGAAAGGACAGCGUCUGCGGCUGCUUCCCGAGCCAUUAGCCGGCUGCGAAAAGGCACUAAUAUGGUCUUGGGAUCACUCUGUGGUGGCUGGACUAGGAGGAAACUUUGAAGAGAACCUGGUAAGGGGAGGCCUUCUUCUGCAUUACCUGAACUCAAUGACAAGACAUUCUGCUGUGAUAGUGCAACCACUUGGCAUAAAGGACCUUGAUGAAUCAGGAAACCUCGUAACCAUGGAUGUCCCAUUGCCCCUGAAAAAUGCUGAUGGGUCAAUCACAUCCGCGUUAGCCGGAACUGAUUUGCCUGAGGGGCAGAUGUCAAAUUUGACUGCCUUGUUGGAAGAUCUAUCCAGUAAAGUUGAGUUGAGCACGGUUGGUUACCUUCGUCUAGUAAGGCUUCACAGGGUAAGCGAAUCCAGUGAACUUCCAGAGAAGGAAAGCUUUGAGUGGAUACCAUUGAACUUGGAAUUCGGAAUUCCUUUGUUCAAUCCAAAGCUGUGCGAAAGAAUAUGUGAAAGGGUCGUUGACUCAAAUAUGCUUCAGAAAGAUGAUCUCACCGAACACUAUGAGUCUAUGCAGACGGUGAGGAAGAGGUUGCGCGAACUUUGCACCGAGUACCAAGCAACCGGUCCAACAGCAAGGCUAUUAAAUCAGCGGGGAGGCUCGAAGAACUCUCCGCGCCAACUCCAACUCAUGAAUAUUGUGAGUGGAAGAUGGAGUCCAUUCCAUGAUCCAUCAUCGCCUACCCAAGGAGGGACGUCACCAGGUGAACAUGUCAGGCUGAAGCUUGGAAGACGGCAGAAGUGCUUUACUGAAGUUCUGAGCUUUGAUGGGAGCAUCCUCAGGUCCCACGCACUCACUCCUGUGUAUGAGGCUGCUACAAGAUCUGUCACUGAAGAUCAACCAUCCCCUUCUCCGAAAACUGAUUCAGAAGAUUCUGAUACCAAGGAUGUGGUCUUACCAGGAGUCAAUCUCAUAUUUGAUGGCGCUGAGCUGCACCCGUUCGACAUUGGCGCUUGCCUCCACGCCCGCCAACCCUUGUCAUUGAUAGCUGAGGCGUCGGCGGCGUCAUUGGCCAUGAAAUGACUGAUAUGCAUCUCAGCACGUUGCCAUCACAAAUUUUGUUCUGUUUAAUCUAUGUGCGGAAUUGAUUAUUGUGUAGGACGACUCUCAGAAUCAGGCUUUUUUAAGAGAAGAUUUUGUUAUGCCAGGGUAGUUUUUCCUUCUCUAGAUGACAGACACUUUUCCCAACAGGGGAUGAAUGCCAGGCGAGUCUCCAUGCACAAAUCAAUCUUACUUUCUACUCCCUCCGUUCCUAAAUAUUUGUCUGUUUAGAGAUUUCAAAUGAACUAUCACAUACGGAUGUAUAUUAUA